CCUCCUUUGGCCAGGAGCUUUGCCUCGCUGCUCCACCCAACAGAGGACUGAAAGUGGGGACCGGCCAAAGACAGGAUGGUGGUCGGGAGGAUCAUGCACGUGGUCCAGGAUGACCUGAACAUCGACCUUGGCGGGAAGUUCCACUGCGUGUGCCGGCGGCUGGCGGACAGAGAGAAGCUGCAGCGGGGCAGCAGGAUCCGUCUGCGGCUGCAGGACCUGGAGAUUACCGCCCGCUUCCUGGAAGCCAACACCGACCCUACGCUGCUGGAGACCCAAGCCGUAUGGGAAGCACGGGAAAACCAGAACCAGGACUGAGCGGGGCAGACUGUCAAACCCUGCUGCAGUAAAAUGAGAGGUUUUCUAAAGGGAGUCUGGCAGCUGCAGA